AUGUUGCGCAAUGUAACAAGUGUGGCUCCCCGGACGUGGGCCUGCAGGGCUACUGGAACCAGCCGAUGGCUUGCAACAGCACCACCUAGUGCAAGCGACGCGUCCAUACUCAACGAUACGCUCUCUACCGUUGGCGGGCUGCUCAAUUCCAACUUGCCCAUAGACAUUCCUCUCUCAUCACCACCUCAGCCCGUAACACCGCGACUGCAUAACUCAAAUGCCCCGCCCGUGAUCAACAUCCCCCCGCCGGAGGACCCGCUCCUCAGCUACUUCACGUCGUGCAUACAAAAGCAUGGAAACCGCCAAAAGGCCGCGGGUAUCACCUCGCGCAUGCUGCUGCACAUCCACACGAUGACGCGUGCGCAGCCGCUGCCCAUAGUGCGCAAGGCAAUCGAAAACGUCGCGCCCGCGGUGCGAUGCAUCAGCAACAAACACGCGGGGAAGACCGUCGUGUACCCCGUGGCGCUGAGCGAGAAGCAGCGCACGCGGUACGCGAUACAGUGGAUACUGAAGGCCAGCGAGUCGAAGCCGGGGAUGAAGCUCGAGGAGAGGCUGGCGAAGGAGAUCAUUGCGGCCGUGCAGAGCGCGAGGGAGGAGAGAUCAGACAGGCGCAGUGCGGCGUUCCUGAAGAAAGAGGAAGUGCACAAGUAUGCGAUGAUGAACAGAGGAAAUGCGCAACGGGGUGGUUGA